UGUUUUGAAUAAUAUAAGAAUAUUAACUAAGAUGAACACCGCUGCAGCUGAAGGACCAGAUUACGAAUAUCUAUUCAAGCUGUUACUUAUAGGUAACUCUGGUGUAGGCAAGUCCUGUAUUCUAAUGAGGUACGCUGAUAAUUCCUUCACCGAGAAUUUCUUCAACACCAUUGGUGUUGAUUUUAAGAUCAAAACUAUUUCCCUCAACGACCAGGUUAUCAAGAUGCAGAUCUGGGAUACAGCUGGUCAGGAUAGGUUCAGAACUCUAACAAGUUCGUACUACAGAGGAGCUCACGGCAUUAUCAUCGUUUAUGAUGUUACCAAUAAGGACUCCUUUGAUAAUGUGAGACAAUGGAUGCAGGAAAUCGAGAAAUUUGCCAGUGAGAAUGUCAAUAAACUACUCGUUGGUAACAAAAGCGACCUCGAAGAGCAGAGAGAAGUGACUUAUGACGAAGGCGUUGAGCUUGCCAAGAAAUUUGACAUUCCUUUCUUAGAAGUCUCUGCUAAGAACGCUACUCAUGUUGACGAUACUUUCACAACAAUGGCUUCAGAAAUUCAGACCAGGUUCGUCCAGGAAAAGAAAAGGAAGGGCACUAAGGAGAACUUCAUGAUGGGCGGCACAGCCACUUCUCUCACUCUAAAUGCCAAGAAGGACGAGAAGGAGCCAGAGACAAAGAAGAGUAACUGCUGCUAGAGAGAAGAAGUCUUGCU